UGUCGUCUCAUUCAUGUUGCGCCAAUGCCAGAGAGGCAAGGGCAGGCUCCAAUGCUUGUGGAUCCAUAGCCAGGGCUACCACGAGCAAGGCAAUCCACUCCCAGCCAGCGAUUGCGAGCGCGCGGCACUGCUGGGGAGCUCCAAGAUCGUCCACGCCCAGAUUGCCGGCUCGCCAGUGGAGAAUCUCCCGGUAGAAAUCCAUGGCGACGCUGCCGCAAUGGCUGAGAGGAGCCCCUUCUCCUGGAAUCUCGCGAUCGCGGAGUAUGCCCGGAAUGGGCAUCACGCCCGGGCUCUGGAGAUCUUCCGGGCGAUGGCGCUCGAGGGCGUGGCGCCGGAUAGAGUAUCGUGCAUCGCCAUCCUCGACGCAUUCGCGAGCCUGGGGGAUUUGUCGCAGGGGGAGUUCUUCCACCGCACGGUUUGCGAGGCGUCCGGGCUUGGAUCCGACGUUGUGGUGGCGACCGCGGUGCUCACCAUGUACAAUCGAUGCGGUAGUGUGAUCCACGCGAGGAGAGCUUUCGAUGCGAUGGUCGUGAGGAAUGUUGUGUCGUGGAGUGCGAUGAUCGCAGCGUAUGCCCAGCGCGGGCAUCCGGCCGAUGCUUUGGAGCUCUUCGUGCGCAUGGAUCACGAAGGCGUCAAGGCCAACGCGAUCACCUUCGUGAGCGUCCUGGAUGCGUGCGCGAGCUUGGGGGCGAUCGCGCUGGGCAAGUCGAUCCACGAGAGGAUCGUCGCGGAUGGGCUCCUUGGCGACGAUGUGAUCCUCGGCAACACGAUCGUCAACAUGUAUGGGAAGUGUGGCGAGGUGGAUCUCGCGAGGGAGGUGUUCGAGAGGAUGGAGGCGAAGAACACGGUGACUUGGAACACGAUGAUCGCGGCUUGCUCCAGACACGAUCGCUACAAGGAAGCGUUCGCUUUGCUUGGGGAGAUGGACUUGGAUGGGCUGCGGCCGAACAAGAUCACUCUCGUGAGCGUCAUCGAUGCCUGCGCGUGGAUGCAAUCCAUCUCCCGGGGCCGGAUCGUCCACGAGAUCGUCGCUGGCGAGGGAUUGGAGUCGGACAACGCCGUGGCGAAUGCGCUCGUCAACCUGUAUGGCAAGUGUGGGAAGCUCCGAGCUGCGAGGCAUGCGCUGGAAGGGAUCGAGACGAGAGACAAGAUCUCCUGGACGACUUUGCUAGCAGCGUACGCCCGGCACGGCCAUGGCAAGCGAGCGAUCGCGGUGAUCAAGAGGAUGGACCACGAAGGCGUCAAGCUCGACAGCUUCACCUUCGUCAACCUCCUCGAGUCGUGCGUUGCGAUCGCUGGUUCCGGCAAGGACGAAGCUCGGGCGAGCUCGGAAGCGCUAGCGCUCGGCGAGGAGAUCCACGACCGCCUCGCGGAGAGCGGGAUAGAGCUCGACCCCGUCCUCCAGACCGCGCUGGUGGACAUGUAUGGCAAGUGCGGCAAUCCAGACGCGGCCAGGCGAGCCUUCGAUCGAAUGCGCGACGUCCGAGACGUGACGGUGUGGAACGCGCUCCUCGCGGCCUACGUUCUUCGCGAUCAAGGCAAGGAGACGCUCGGCAUCUUCGCGAGGAUGAGCUUGCAAGGCGUAGCCCCGGACGCGGUGACGUUCCUCUCGAUCCUGGACGCCUGCGCGAGCCUGGCGGCGCUGGGACUCGGCCGCCUGACGCACUCCCGGAUGCUCGAGCGUGGGCUCUUCGAUCGUCAAGCGGUCGCGAGCGCGGAUCUUCUCACCACCUCGGUGAUCAACAUGUACGCGAAGUGUGGGAGCUUGGCCGAUGCGAAGGCCGAGUUUGCGAAGGCCCGGCGCGCGCGAGCGAGCGACGUGGUGGCCUGGAGCGCGAUGGUGGCAGCGUACUCGCAGUUCGGGCUCUCCGAGGAGGCGCUGCGCUGCUUCUACUCGAUGCAGCAGGAGGGCGUCAAGCCGGACAGCGUGAGCUUCGUGAGCGCCAUCGCGGGGUGUAGCCACUCGGGCCUCGUCCGGGAGGCGGUCGCGUUCUUCACGUCGCUACGCCACGACCACGGCAUCGCCCCCACCGAGGCACACUUUGCGUGCCUGGUGGAUCUGCUGAGCCGCGCGGGGUGGAUCCGCGAGGCCGAGGCGCUCAUGAGGAGGGCGCCGCUGGGAGCGCAUCACUCGACGUGGAUGACGCUGCUCAGCGCUUGUAGGACGUAUGGCGAUCUGGAACGAGCUCGCAGGGUGGCGGCGCGGCUGGCGAGCUUGAGAUCCGGCUCCGCGUACUCGCUCCUCGCCAGCGUGUUUUGCCUGAGCCGGAAGUGGGACGACGUGAGGAACGCGCGGCAGAGCUUGGUGGAGCGGGGAUUCAUCACGCAGCCGGGGUGUAGCUGGAUCGAGAUCAACAACCGGGUGUACGAGUUCUUCGCGGGUGAUGAUCGUCUUCUUCCGAGGGAGGAGGAAAUCUUUGCGGAGCUCGAGAGGCUGUGCGUGGAGAUCCGGAAGGCCGGGUACGAGCGGGAUCCGAUCAAGAAGGUGCACGAUCACGGCGAGCAAGAGAAGAAGUUCUUGUUGUCGUACCACAGCGAGAAGGUGGCGGUGGUGUUUGGAUUGAUCUCCACACCCGAGGGGACGCCCCUGAGGAUCGUCAAGAACAUCGGCGUGUGCCAAGACUGCCACGAGGUGAUCAAGUGUAUCUCCGAGGUGGCGGACAGGGUGAUCACGCUCAGGGACGAUCGAAGCUUUCAUCAGUUCAGCCAUGGGUCUUGUUCAUGCAAGUAUCCAAUACGAUAAACCAAGCUCUUGGCGAUGGAGGAUGCCAAGUUAUUGUCAA